AUGGUGGUCCUUCGUGCCAAAUCCGGGCAGUUCCAAAGCUCAGACAGCAUUGUAGUCGACUAUGGAAAACUUGGUUUCGGGGAUGAUGUGUUGGAAAUAGUAACUAGAAAUGUCUUCACUUGGAUGUCAGCGGAUUUCGAUGCGCAAGACGACAAGAACAGAACGGAGUAUGCAUAUUUACCUGAAGAUAACUGCAAAGUUAAUGAAGAUAUACCAGAUGAGCAUGAGUUGACCCAUGAAUGUGUCAGAAAUUUAGUCUCGCUAUUCAUACCCGCAAUCGUCCCUGAAACUGCAAGAGUCAAGGGCGAAACAACUGCUCUCCCACCAGGCACGCAAGCGCCGACGGGCAGACAAGAGGAAGGCGACGAGAUGGAACCUUCGAGGCUAUGGAACAACACAGUCUUCACCACGAUGGCGGAGAUCCUGGCGAAAGAAAAACCAACCAAUGACGUGAACGAUGCGUGUUCGUUGACAGUCCCCGCGGUUUAUCCAGAUACUGGUUCUGCGUCCGAGGAUCACACGACAGCGGGAGAGGUUGGCGCAAGCGACGCUGUCACAGAAGACGAGGUGACCGCUUCAUGA